UUUAGGCCACACACUUCAAGUCUGCCGAUGGUUCGGCGAAAGUUUCGGUUGCUACUGCUAAUUGCAGGGGUCUGGCUUGUAGGAAUUGUCUACUAUGUGUACAAAGUUACGGAAGAUCAGAGAAAUGAAGAAGUACAGAUAGUACAGAAGAAUGUCUUCCCCAAUGAAGUUGGACACCCAGGCCAUACCAACAGAGCAGUGGUGCCGAAACUACUCUUUCAUGAUAGCCACAAAAUAAUAGAGCCAACGCUUCCAUCGAAAAACAAACCAUUUGUCAUCACACCUGUACCACCAGAAGUGAUUAGUUUUGUCGGGAAUCCUGGCGAGACCGUCCCAUGGCAGGAGUUUGACGAGAAGACAUACGUCGACAAGAAGCGAGUGCAGCCCGGAGAAGACAGCUAUGCGCGGAACAAGUUCAACCAACUGGCCAGCGACAACAUCAAGUCUAACAGAGGAGUCCCCGACACUCGGCAUCAGCUAUGUCGACAGAAAGACUGGAAGGCAGAUUACUCCCCGACGUCUGUGAUCAUCACGUUUCAUAAUGAGGCCAGGUCGGCUCUGUUGAGAACCAUAGUCAGUGUCUUCCAAAGAAGUCCAGAUCAUUUGAUUGAAGAAAUCAUUCUUGUUGAUGACUACAGUGAUGAUCCUUCUGAUGGUGAAGAACUUACAAAGAUAGAGAGGGUCAAAUUAAUACGCAAUGAAAAAAGAGAAGGAUUAAUACGAUCUCGUGUAAAAGGUGCCGAUGCCGCAAAGGCCAAGAUUUUGACAUUUCUCGAUAGCCAUUGUGAGUGCAAUGUCAACUGGCUGGAACCGUUAUUGGAGCGGGUUGUUGAGGACCGAAGGAGAGUUGUUAGCCCUAUUAUUGAUGUCAUAAGCAUGGACAACUUUGACUACAUUGGUGCUUCUGCUGAUUUGAAGGGAGGAUUUGACUGGAACCUGGUCUUCAAAUGGGACUACAUGACAGCUGAAGAACGUAACCACAGAGCAAGUGCACCAAUAUCAGAAAUAAGAACUCCGUUGAUAGCUGGUGGUCUGUUCACUAUUGAUAAGUCGUGGUUCGAUGAGCUGGGAAAAUAUGAUCCUGACAUGGAUGUUUGGGGAGGGGAAAAUUUAGAAAUAUCAUUUAGGGUCUGGCAGUGUCAUGGUGCUUUGGAAAUAAUUCCAUGUAGUCGAGUUGGUCAUGUCUUCCGCAAACAACAUCCAUAUACAUUUCCUGGUGGCAGUGGAAAUGUGUUUGCAAGAAACACCCGACGAGCUGCCGAAGUGUGGAUGGAAGAUUACAAGCAGUUUUACUACGCUGCGGUUCCUAGUGCCAAAAACAUCGCAUUUGGAGAUGUGUCCAAAAGAUUACAGCUUAAAAAAGACCUGAAAUGCAAACCAUUUAAGUGGUUUUUGGAAAAUGUUUACCCAGAGUUAAAAGUCCCAGAUACUCAAGACGUAGCGUUUGGCAGCAUACAGCAGGAAGAAGGGUGUAUUGACACACUGGGACACUUUCAGGACGGGACGCUGGGAAUAUACCCAUGUCAUAAUGCUGGUGGAAACCAGGAAUUUUCUCUCACAAAAACUGGUGCUAUCAAACACAUUGACCUUUGUGUUACCUUGACUGGCACAACUCCAGGAGUGGUUGUUAAGCUGUUCCAGUGCCAGCCUGACAACAACCUUCAGCAAUGGGAUCGUGUUGAUGGAGACACCAUGUUAAAAAGUCGCACGUUUGAUCUCUGCAUAGACAGCGUGGAGGUGCAGGAACGAGGUUUGAUUGCAAACCCUUGCAACACAGAAACCCCGUCACAAAGAUGGGCAUUUUCCCUCAAUAAGAUGUAAUUUCAGUUUCAUGUAGUCAACAUUUUAGUAAUCAAAACAAAAAAUGUAAAUGUAUUAUUUAAUUUAGAAGUUUAUUUUAAAAUUUCUGUAGAUACUAUAUUGCUCAAAUUAUAUGUAGAUGAUAAGAAAUUUCUGUGAUGAAUAUUCCAUUUUAUUUAUGACAUACAGAGAAUAUGUGUCUUCCUAUAUACAUUAAUUGUAUUAACAGAUCUAACUAAAAAAAAUUACCAACCAUUUGUGCAGAUUUGUAUGUAGCUUUUAGAACCACAGUUUUUAUAUUAUUUUAUUAAUUAACUUGGGUAAUGUUAUAUGGUUAUUUUUUCUGUCACUCUUAGACAUUAUGUAUUGUAUAUUGAUGUUUAAAUCCAUUGAGAAUAUAAAUAGCAUAAAAAAUACAUUUUUAGUAUCUCAUAUAUCUGAUAAUAUAAAAACCAUAACUAUAAGGUCAUACAGCUGCUUUUGUAUCUAUUCUAUUUUUCCUUUACUAGAGAUAGAUCAACGAUUUUCACCCACCACCUAGCUUAAAAUAUUGUGCCUUCAUUUUUCUUUUUAACAAACAUUUUGAAAUAGUUUAUCAAAAUGUCCUUUAACACCACUAUAUAGAGUGUAGUAUACCAGCUGUGAUAGUAAUUUUCCUGGAAUGGUCUUUUUAAAAAUGGAUGCAUUUCCCCUUUGUAUUAAACUUACUUUCCUCCCCACCUUACAGUUUGUGGCUGAACCCCAGUUUACAUAUAGUUGUAUAUGUAUAAGUAGAGAAUAUGAAUAGAAUCAUACACUUUAUCUGAUAAUAACAAAACCUGUAAUUGUACAUGUAUAACAGAGAAUAGAAUCAUACACUUUAUCUGCUCAUAACAAAACCUGUAAUUGUACAUGUAUAACAGAAUAGAAUCAUACACUUUAUCUGCUCAUAACAAAUCCAGUAAUGAUAGACAAAACCAAGCUAUUUGAUUUAUCUUACUUUGUGGACAUGUAUGUGGAAAUAAUAGUUUAUCUUUACAAGGCUGGGAAACUGGAAGAAUGUACAUAGUCACAGUCCAGAUGGAUGAUUACCUAGUCUUAUCGAGAUACUUUGUGUCUUGGUUUUAAUGGCUUAAAAUAAUAACUUAGUCAUGUUUGUCUUUUAUGAUUUUUCAUCAACAUAAAGUAACUGUCUUUUCAUAUCCUGGAUUUUUUAUUUUAAAUUAAAUUUAACUUUGUAUAGAGGAACGAUUCACUGGGGUCUUUCAAUACUAACACCAUGUUACUGGAAAGUUGAUUUUAUUUAACAUGAACUACAUGUUUCAAACUCCACAUAUAUAUAUAAAUAUAUGUUUACCUCUGUCAAAUAAUCACCGAAGGAAGAAACCAACGAAAAUGCAAUUUAAGAACAGGUGACUUUUAUAGCCUUGUUCAUGCAUAAAGGAUAUGUGCCCUUUAUACAUUAUAAUAGAUUUUACUAUGUAUUUGUAUAAAUUCCAGGAUGGAAACAUGUUUGCCUAUGAUAGAAAAACAAAUAUAUGUAUUUGUAUCCUCUAUAGGAACAUAAAUGUAAAGAUUUACAUGCAUGUGCAUUGUAAGCUGUGAUUCGAAUGUAACAUUUUACUUAAUGACAAUCAGAAUAGAAAAUACCACAGACUUAGUGUUUAUUAAUAUAAUGUGUUGAUCUCUGACUUGCAAGUAGUAACAUAGAUGUAUCAAAAAUGGCAAGUCAUGGGUUAUUUUGAACGUAGAUUAGAAAUGUUAGAAGCUGGUAAUUAGGAUGAUGCCUUAAUUAUGUGGAAGCAAAAAUUAGAAUAAUACUAUUUAUUAUUUAUCAUAUUAAAUUUAGUUAUAUACUAGGAAAAUUGCUUUGUACUUCUAGUGUAACAUAACCGCAUUUGCAUUUUAGAGCACAUUAUGUUUAUCUUAACGGUAAAUGAUAACCCAAGAUAUGAUCUGUUUUUAACAUUCUUUUCAUGCUCAGAUCAUUCUUCAUUUGUACAAGUUUAGAAAGGGCACAUAAUGGUAUAUAUGUAUCUAGAUCAAUUUAUAUUUAAAAUAUUUCUAACAUUAAAUAUAAAGAUAGGUGAUUAGAAGAUAUUUAAAAAAAAAUUAAUGUUAAAUAUAUAGGUAUUUACUUAGCAGAUGUUUAACAUAAAAACAAACAGAACCACAAGAGCCAAAUUUAUAAAGCAUGUUACAUGCAUUUAUAAUGCCUAAAUAACCACAUUUCACAUAUUUAAGUCACAUGCUUUUAAAUGUGUCACAUGUUAAACAUGUAAAUAGAUUAGCAGAUAUUGACUUACUUUCAAAGUGAUGGAACAUGUUUAUAUAUGCUUAACAUGUUAAAGAUACAAGUAGUCAGUAUAUUAUGUUUAACAUAUAGGAUAUUGAACAAAUGUUUUAACAUAUUUCUAAGGUGUUGAACAGAUGUUGAAUAUGUUUUUAAAGUGAUGAACAGACAUUUAACAUAUCCCUGAGGUGUUGAAUGGUGUAAGUGUUGUUGUUUUAACACAUUUCUAAACUUGAACAGAUAAAUAACAGGGUUCUGUUCCACAAAGCGAUCUUAGCACUACUAUCGCCAUAAAUACCUACCAUCGCAACCUUACUUUUUUUCUGCGAUUGCCAGCCCAUUCCACGACGCGGCAUAGCUUACUAUCGUCAUAAAUUACGUUGAAAAUUUACAAUUGGUACGAGGUAAGCCACCAACGUAGAUGAUGAUUUGAUCAUUUUCUAAGAAAAAAACUAACUUUUUGUGUAAAAAUGGAUCUAAUAUAUACCAAAUACCUUCAUAACUCGGCAUUUGGUGAAAAACAUUCUAGGUUAUACGACCAUAACAUAAAAAUACGGGAGAUAACUCUUCAUGGAUGUCCGAUCUCAAUGAAUACAUCCAAGAUGUUCCAAAAAGUCAGUAACCAAUUUAUUAUUUAAGUAAUUCGCACUUGUUCGCAAAGAAAAUUUUAAUAAUUAAAGGGGCACUCCCAUAAGGUUGCUUUGUGGAACGGCUGUAAAGUUUACGGUGCCAUUUAAAAAAACUCACCUUAAGUCACAACAAUUAACUGUAGCUACAAUUCUUUUGUGGAACAGCCCUGGUAACAUAUUUCUAAGUUGUUGAACAGAAGUUAACAUGACUAAAAUGUUAAACAUGCUAAUGUUUAAACAUACAAUCAUGUACUAACUAACUUUAUUCUUACCUUAUCAUGUGUGGCUUGGCUGCGUUUUCAUCAUCAUUUAUUAGGAUUAGUUUUUUGGCAAACUUAUAAUGUAUUGACAGUGAGUGGCACUGUUGGAUCUCAGUAUUUUACAUUGGCUCCUGUGUGGCUGUAUUGAUAACUACCCGUUGUGGUGGUAGGUACAGAUGGUGUAUUAGAGUACCGGUAUAUGUACUGUAUUAACAAGGUGUUUACACAUGCUGCAGUAGGCUGAGUAUAGGUUUAUUAUUACUAAUAAAUACCAGGGUCCAUGCUUAUAAAACGUUUUAGAGUCCAGACUUAAUCUCUAAUGACGUCACAUGCAUACAAUUUGUAUGGCGUUGCCAUGACAUUAGAGUCUCGAGUCUAGACUUUAAAAGUUUUAUAAGCACUAGGCCAGGCCUUAUUUAGUGUUAUCAUGUAAACAUUAUUUAAACAGACUUUUAUGUUUUACACCUGCUGCAGAUUAGCUAUGCUAUUUCUAAUAAUACCUUGUUAGUGUUUAUAUCAAAUAACACAAUAUAAAGAAAGUAGUUAUCACACCUGCUGCUGUAUAGCUAUACUACAAUGUUAUAAAUAACAGAUUUAGUGUACCUGUUAUAAUCUUAUAAUAAAGAGGAAACCAGCUAUAUAGUUUCUUUUCAGCACAUACUUUGUAUCAGAAGUAAUUGCCUGUUUUUGUAUUCUAUUAUUUGGAGUGCAAACAUGACCUAAAAACUGUUUCUUUUUAACACCUGUGUCAGUGUGGAUGUAUCAUUUGUUAUACCUAGAUUAGGGGUAAUAGAGUUGGUUAUAACUUACGGUCAACCUAAUCCAUAAACAGUGUGCUAUUUGUCAUGUUUCCUAUAGCACAUGCAUUAACGUCUAGUAGAUUUUAUUACAGAUAGAAUCCAGUGCUUCUUUUGUUGACAAGGAGCCCCGUUCCAGGAAGCGAUCUUAGCACUAAGAUCAUCUUAAGCACAUACAGUAGUUAUGCACUUAAGGUGAUCUUAGCACUAAGAUUGCUUUGUGGAACAGACCCCAGUACCUGCACAAAAUACACACCAUUUUCGGAGGUUUAUCGAAAGAUAGCAUUAUGUUUUUUAUCGAUGUUGUCCAAACAGAAUAGAGUAAAUCAUUAAAUUGAGGAAAGUUUGUAAUUUAUGAACUUUACACCACUAGCAGUACAAAGCAAAGUUUUGAAUUUACCAGUCAUAACAUACUAGUCAGGUAGUCAUAACAUACUAGUCAGGUGUAAACAGUUUGCUGGGCACUCACACUGUAAGACUACUAGGAUUUGAACACAGUACCUACCAGUCAUAACUCCAGUCAAAUAACCACAGCAUUUGGCCUUUUAUUUUUAUAGGUGUGUGUGUGCAGAGGGAAGGUCAAAUUCCCCCUGCUUCAAGCAAAUUUUUGUUUUGUUUUUAUGUGUUUUCUUUGAGAGUAUGACUGGACCCUCGACCUCCCCACACACACUCCCCCACCUCCCCAAAAAACAUUGGCUCACCACAAUCUAGACCUCUACUGCAUACUUUUUAGCACACAGGCCUGAGAUGACUAUUACCAUCAAUGUUGUUGUUUUUCUAGAAUUGUUUCAUGUAUUACAGAAUGAAAUUUGUAUAAAUUUGUAUAAAGUAAAUAUAUUAUUUUGCUGCUCUAGUAGUAAUACAUAUACUGUACUACAUAGAAGUACUAUUUCCACUUGUUAUGCAACUGAAAUGGCAUAAAUGUGAAAAGAAAUGUUUAAAAAUUUAUUUCAUUAAUUAAUAAUACGCAAGAAGUGUUCCUUUUUUAUUAUUUUAUGAUACAGAAAUGUUUUAAAUACAGCAUUAUUUUUGUUAGCUUACUUCUAUGGCUGUCUCAGAAUUGAUCAAAUCAGUGGUUGGGGUUGAUGGACAUUUUACUUAAUAGCCACAAUAAUAAAUUUGGCUUUGUUUUUCAUUCAUUGUAUUUUUACUUGAUUUCUAUUUUCAUAUCCAAUUAAGGAUUGUCUGUUAUUUCUUUUACAUUCAUUGGGGUAUGAACUAAACAAAAUCAUCCACAAACUGAAUCGGUGAAGCCAUUGACACAUAAGUUUGCGGAAAUAAUUUGUUUUGUUCAUACCCAGAUGAACGUAAACGAAAUAACGGACAAUCCUUAUAAUUAAAUAUGAAACAUACUUAUUAAUAAUGACACUAAAAUUUCAUAUCAGCUAUAUGUCCCAGACAUUGGGCUAAUGAGUGUUCUUACAUGGUCUUCCCAUUAAACCAUCAUAACUUAUUCAGGGUGGGAGUCAGUUCUCAGGUUCGUACCCAGUACGUAUCAGCUCUGUCUGAUGGCUGGUUUGUUGUGGGGUUUGUGGUUAACACCAGAGUAAGUUCUGUUGGUCUCUUCCAAAUAGUCUACCUUCCUAUGAUGUUUUCUGAAACAGCCCUUGGUAGUAUAAAAUAUAUCUUUGCAGCUAAUUUUUCACUAACGUGCCUUGCUUUCUCUGUUGUACCACUUAAAGAGAAACAAUUUAUUGGAUUUUCAUAUCCUGUAAGGUCUUUCAAUUCUUGUAUAAUCGGACUUACUUCAUGGCAACAUACUUGAACUAGUUCUGCAAACAGAAGUAUUUAAAGGUUUAGAAAUACUAGUUUUAAACUGCUAUUUGUACAAAGUAUACUAUUUGUUAGUGGAUUUAAUGGAAAAAAAAUUGUAUUGUUUUGUUGUUUUUGUUUUAGU